GUCGGAAAACUUCAAGCCAGUUCAACGUCCUGUCAACGCGGCAGCCCUGACAUAGCUCAGUGUUUAUUUGGCUUUACAACCAGUAUAUCAGACUUUCGACGUACACAAAAUUUAUACCGUGUUUGGUUUCUAUCCAACAACCAUCAGCUAGCGACUCCAGUUUCGGUCUAAAUUGUGGCAAAUCCUUUCGAGCUCUCGCAGCCAUGCCCUGUUGUAAGCGUACCGAGGUCCGCAGGGUGUGCCGGCCGAUGCCGUCGCUCCUUGCCCGGCUCAACUGUACGCCGUGCAACCGCGUCCUGUUCUUCGUGAUCGGGGUGGGACUGGGCGUGCUCUUCGUGCGCAACAAGGACGACAAGUCGGGCGCCAAAAAGAAGGACGAAGGCAAGGCGAAGAAGUAGGAGUAGGAGUGAUCGAUCUGCCAUCCGCCAUCCGCCAUCUUCCAUCUGCCAUUUGCCAUCUGACCGGCGGUAUUAGCAAACAUCCAAGCCUGGCACUAUCGAGCUAAACCUGGAUUCGUCUCCCAUAAAGUAGCCCAUUCACUUGCAGCGUUAGCCAGGGAAGACAAAAUGCCAUUCGAUAAGUUUGUCCGCCGAAGAAUGGAAUGGAGAGGAAAUUUCUCAGUCGAUAAAUUUAUCUAAAGAGCAAUUUGUCAAUCGAACAAUUAACUGCCGCAUUCUAUACAGAUUUAUUCGAUUGAUCUAUUCUCUAUUCCUCUGUUAUAACAGCUAUAAAAUUGGUCCUGUAAAAGA